UUUAACAGAACCAAGCACAUCCUACAACUCGGAACACCAGAUUGCUCCUCCCCUAUUCUUUUCUCAAGUCUCAACUUAUCAUCAUUACCUCCCCCAACUCUUCAACUACCUGUCCAAACUGUCACUAUAUACUUCAACUCCCCGCCCUCAAAACCCAAUCAAAAACCAAACCAAAUGCUUCUCCAAACUCAAUCCCUCACAUCCCACUUCACCCUCCUCCCACUCCCCACUUCUAAACCCACUUCUAAACCCACUUCCAAAACCCAACUCUUCAACCCCAACUCAAUUCGCAGACCACCAAGAUGCUCCCUUUCCUCUGUUUUCAACCCGACCCAGUUGCCAAACCCGAUCGCCAAGCCCUUGCCGGCCGAGGUUUCACGGACCAUUCUGGAGUUGGUCUCUGUGGGCACCCUUUCCACUCUGACCCAACAAGGCUGGCCUCUCGGAAUCGGUGUUCGCUUUGCUGUUGACCCUGAAGGCACUCCGGUCUUGUGCUUGGAUGACAACAAUAGACAGUUCUGUACUGACAUGAGGUCUAGCCUCCAUGUUCAGUUAGAGCAAUCGGGGUUGAGGACGCCGCAAUGUACUAUAUUAGGCAGCAUUGGCAAACCAGAAGACAGUAAGUUUUUGAAGUUUCUUCAUACAGUGUGGAAAAAAAAGUUUAAAGAAGAAAUUGAUGAAGAUCUUCUAUAUGUUGUUGAUGUGGAUCGAGUUCUUCAGAUGGAGGACUUUAGAGAGGUUGGUACAUGGGUCACGUCCUCAGAUUAUAAAAGUGCACAACCUGAUCCUCUUCGUGACUCUUCAGAAAAGCUAGUGAAUGAUAUAAACACCAACAAUAUUGAAGAUAUUAACCGUUUUUGCAAUAUUUAUGCUGAUUUGGACUUCCAGGUAUCUGAAGCAAAGUUGGUUUGGAUUGACCGGCUAGGACUUGACAUGCGUAUCUGGUCUCCUCAAAAUGGUAUAUUUGAGGUUCGCAUUCCCUUCCCCAGAGAUGUGACGGAUGAAAAAGGUGCAAAGUCAAUGUUUAAUUGUAUGGCACAAUUAGCAUGGGAGGUCGAAAAGAAUUUCCAUGCCCCAGAUUUUGAGAAGGUGAAACAAGUUAAGCAGAUAACCUAUGUGUAACUGUAUCCAUAUCUAUUAAUGUGUGUCGUUAGUUGCAAAAGCUGCAUCGUUAUUGAGCUCUUUAUAUUCAAAGAAUCUUUAGGCCAUCUGCAUUGAGCUGUUAAUAUGUACAACAGUACAAGGCAUUGAUAUGUAUACCCUGACACUCAAGAGAUAUUACAAUUUUGAGAUUGUAUUCAAGGUUUUAGUUUC